AUGGCUAAGGAGCCAGGCGAAACGUCGACGUCGCAUGCCGAGCGCACGGCGGCUCAACCCCGGGAUUCUAGAUUGCAUAGUGUUACACUGAUCAGAGUCCAUGCGGUAAACGAAGUUAUUCGUCUUUUCCGGCUUGGCAUCAAGGCGGGGUCGAGCAUUGAGUUUCUAUCGGGCCAGUGGCUCGACACCUAUGUCCCCGGCGUGCCCAAGGCAGGCGGCUUCACGCUCACCAGCCCGCCAUCCAAGGCGUCGCUCCCCGCGUCAGCAUACCUCGAGCUCGCGGUGCAAAAGUCGCCGUUGAACCCGUCAGCCGCCUGGCUAUGGGACCAGCCUGUCGACGACGACGAGGACGGGCCCCAGGUGGUCCCCCGAAGAGAGAGACCCGAGCUCCAGGUCCGGGUCGGCGGGUCGUUCGUCUGGCCGCCUCAGGGUGUCGACCUCGCUACCCUCCGCCGUAUCGUGUUCAUUGCCGGCGGGGUCGGGGUAAACCCGUUGAUGAGUAUGUUAAGCCACCUGGCCGAAGUGAGAUGCCCGUAUGACGUCCAGUUCAUGUACUCGACAAAGGCGCCCGAUGACCUCGAUUCCGAAAAGAUUUUGUUCCUGGAGCGACUGGUAAGCAUCUACGGCCGAGAGAAGGUCCGCGGUCAAUUGAGGCUGUUCUUCACCAACGCCGGUCCCGAGUCCGAGUCCAAGCCCGAGUCGGUGCUGCAUUUUAACGAGAUGGACAUCCCGUUCAAGAGACACCGUAUGGCUUUGGAUGAUGUAGCGGAUGCCGUGGGGCCCGUUACGGAACACGGAUCUGCAUUGGUAUACAUUUGCGGGGUACCGUCCAUGACCGAUGAGCUAGUAGAGAACCUCACGUCUAAGAGUGGAUUCAACCUGAGACCUGAACGGGUCCUUUGCGAGAAGUGGUGGUGA